CCCUCCCAUUCACUCUCACGAGGCGGCUACAAAGUAACGUGCAACACCCCCUUAAAACGUCACGGGAGAUUUCAAUAUUUAAAGAUUCCAACAAGUGAGGACGAAAGUUUUGCCCAAGAAGCUCUGUGAGUGGCACCCCCCUGUAAAGGCUAUAGUACUAUAUCUUUUGUUCAGCCCGGAUUUCAGGAUACUUUCUUUUUGUUACCAUGCCUCAGACGGUAACUCUGAGCGGCCCAUCACCGUGGGGUUUUCGCCUUGUGGGUGGACGGGAUUUCAGCACGCCGCUGACCAUUUCGAGGAUAACACCUGGCAGUAAAGCAGCGCUGGGAGACCUGUCCCCUGGAGACACCAUCCUGGCCAUCAAUGGAGAGAGCACAGACGCCCUCACUCACAUGGAGGCCCAGAACAGAAUCAAGGCCUGUAAAGACCAGCUGGUCCUGGACAUAAGCAGGUCUGAAAACAAGGCCUGGUCUCCAGCUGUUAUAGAGGAUGGCAAGACAAGUCCGUACUCCGUCUCCUCGGAGCCCGAUUCACAGGGCUUUCGCCCCAUCACCAGUGGCUACGUCCAGAAGCAGACGCAGCACGUUGGACUCAACAAUGGAAACUCCAAGCCUAGCAGUGCUCAGUACAAUAACCCGGCUGGCCUGUACUCCAGCAACCCUGCCAACCCUGCCAACGGUGCCAACGGUGCCAACGGUGCCAACGGUGCCAACUCUGUCAACGCUGCCCACUCCGCCUACUCCAACGGUGACCGGGCAAUGAACAAGCACAUGGCCAGUCUCAGCCUGGUGUCGCCUGACAGUCCAGAACCCAGGGUCCACUCUCCCAGCAGUGGGAAUGGCUUUGACAUAGAGUCAGAUGUCUACAAGAUGCUCCAGGACCCAGAGGAGCCAGUGUCGGCUCCCAAACAGUCCGGAUCUUUCCGUUACCUGCAGGGAAUACUGGAGGCAGAGGAUGGAGCUGUCUCUCCCACAGAGAGAGGGAUGAGGGGCAUGCGCUCCCCUGUUCGAUCCCCUUUGCCCAAACUGGGAGGUCUGGCUCAAGGACCGAUGCCCAGCCUUCAGAAGCUCCCUCAGUGCACGCGCUGUGGCAACGGCAUAGUGGGGACGAUUGUGAAGGCACGAGACAAGCUGUACCACCCCGAGUGCUUCAUGUGUGACGACUGCGGCCUGAACCUGAAGCAGAAGGGCUACUUCUUCAUCGAGGAAAACCUGUACUGCGAGACCCACGCCAUGGCGCGGGUGCAGCCGCCCGAGGGCUACGACGUGGUGGCCGUCUACCCAAACUCCAAGGUGGAACUGGUCUAAUCCCCACGGCAACCAUCCUACUCACCUGACCCCCCCCCCCCUCCAGAGCCCCAAUCAGCAAUAACCUAUUUAUGCACUGUAUGCCCCCCAGCCAUCUUCACUACAGGAGAGUGGAACAGACAGAGGAAGAGGAGAGAAAA